AUGCUUAAAUUAUUUUUGUGGAAAGGACAGGACGCUUUGGUAGUGCUUGUCCUUUUGUCCUUAUUUGUGAAAUGGAAAUCGGUUACGUUGGUUAGUGCCCUGAGUAGGUGUCGCAGAAAGGAUGGAGUAGUGAUUCAACGUUGGUGUAAACCUGCUGAGCAGUCCUUCUUGAUGAGUGGGGACCACGUUAGAAAGUCCAUCCGUAGCACUCCACACGGGAAGAAAAGCAGAGUGAACACAUCUCGUCUUAUGUUAAGCAACGUGUGCGCCAACAGAAAUGUAGAGUUGGAGAAUUACCGCAACAUAGGGAUCAUAGCACACAUAGAUGCAGGAAAAACGACGACAACCGAGAGAAUACUUUAUUAUACAAAUGUUAUUAAAAAGAUUGGUGAAGUACAUGAGGGGAUGUCCACCAUGGACUAUUUGGACAUUGAAAGAGAGAAGGGGAUAACGAUCAAUGCUGCUGUUACUACUUGCUACUGGAAUGGAAGUGAGAAGAAUUUAGGAGAGUAUCGAAUCAACAUUAUAGAUACACCAGGGCAUGUCGAUUUCACAGCCGAGGUGGAGAAAAGUUUACGUGUUCUUGACGGAGGUGUGGUUGUAUUUGAUAGUAGCGAAGGGGUAGAAUCUCAAUCGGAAACUGUUUGGAAGCAAGCGAACAGAUAUAACAUUAGCCGAAUUAUAUUUUUAAACAAGUUAGACAAAGUGGGAGCAAAUUUUGAGUCUUGCAUAGAAGAAAUAAAAAGGAAAUUGAAUAAAAAGAUUUUGAUUUUGUUUGUUCCCGUUUUUGAGAUGACCAACUUUGUUAGCACCAUUGACAUUUUGAAGGAGAAAAUGAUUGUGUAUAAAAAUGCGCAUGAAUUUGUAUACGAAAAUAUUCCUAAGAGUCACUAUAAUACAUUUUUAACAUAUAAGAAUUUGCUAUUUGAACAGAUCGCUGAAAAAUUUAAUUCCUUUUUGGACAUGUACUUAAAUGAUAAGCCUAUUCAAGUGGAAGAGGUGGAGAAAUAUAUUCGAAAGUUAGUCGUGGAGGAAAAGUACAAUGUGGUUAUGUGUGGGUCUUCUUUGAAGAAUAAAAAUGUGCACAUGUUGUUAGACGCCGUUGUGAAGUAUUUACCUUCCCCCAUUGAUUCAAUUCAGAAUUAUAAAAAUCAGGUUAUAUUCAAACAUGAUGUUAAUAAGCGGGGGGAGAGGAUAUUACCGAUUGAGCUUCCCACUGUGGGUGUAAAGGAGGAAGCUACUGCGAGUAUAAGUGAGGAACCUGCGUUGGGUGGGGCAAGCAAUACUGAUAAGGGUACACGGCAGGAGGAGACCAUUGGUAGUGUCGCGAAAUCGAGUGAUAAUAUGUCGGAAGAACUAAAUCAGGUGAAUAUAAAAAAUUUUAAGAGAAAAGUAGUUGCGUUGAUUUAUAAAAUUAUGAACGACCAGCAUCUUGGAAAUAUAAAUUAUGUCCGCAUUUAUGAAGGGCAAAUAAAUAGGGGAGAUUAUAUUUAUAACAACAGAACGAAAAGGAGUGAAAAAAUUUCGAAAAUAUUUUUUAUACAUUCGAGUGAAAAGUAUGAAUUGGAAUGUGCGCGGGCAGGGGACAUUGUCGGCUUGGUUGGAUUGAAAGACACACAAAUUGGGGACACGUUAAGCAGUACUUUUUUGAGGGCUGAAUUGAAAAAAAUUAAAGAAAUUCCUCCGAUUAUUAGUUUUUAUAUUUAUAAUAAAAAUAAAAAUGAGUAUGAAAAGUUAAUUAACGCGUUAAUGAAGAUUAAAAAGGAGGACCACUCCUUCUUUUAUCACAUCAAUCCGGACACAAAGGAUUUGUUAAUUAGUGGAGUGGGGGAACUGCACUUGCAAAUUAUUAUUAACAAAAUUGAGAAGGAUUUUAAUAUCCCCAUCAUUUAUGGACAGCCACAAAUAUCCUACAAGGAAACCUUCGUUGAAAAUGUGGAGGCCAGGGGAAAGUACAUCAAGCAGUCAGGUGGACGGGGACAGUAUGGCGACGUCCACAUUAAGAUCGAGCCUAUGUACAGCUACGCCGAGGAGGAAGAGGAGGAGGAAGAAGAAGGGGACAGCCAUAACGAUGAGCAGAACUCCAAAAAGGUGGACGAUCGAAGCGAUGAACAGGAUGACUCAAACAGAAACAGCAUGAACAUUGACACUUCCGAAGUGAAUAAUAAUAUUAUUAUAAAAAACGAAAUAACCUGUGGAGCCAUUCCUUCAGCAUACUUUGACGCGAUAUACACGGGGAUACGGGAGCAGUGCAACUUGGGCGUUCUCUCAAACUCGCCACUGAUAAAUAUUAUUGUGAGGAUCGUGGAUGGAUCGUUCCACCCGGUCGAUAGCAACGAGCAUGCGUUCAAGUUGGCUGCGGGGAUCGCCAUUCGGGAGGCUGCGCGGAAGACGUCCGUUCGGCUGCUGGAGCCGAUGAUGAACCUCAACGUGUCCGUGCCCACUGAGUACCUGGGAGACGUCAUCAGCGACUUGGUUAAAAAGAGGGGAAAAAUACAGCACAUCGAUGAAAGCGACGAAUACACCAAGGAAAUAGUUGCGAGAGCACCCAUGGCUUCCAUCCUGUCCUACGUUAGCGACUUGCGGAAAAUAACCAAGGGGCGAGGAAAUUACACCAUGACGCUUCAUAAGUACGCCCUGGUGCCUCAGUACAUCCAGGAGCAAAUUUUGCAAAAGAAGGAUUGA